AUGAAUCAACUGGAAAGAUUAGAGAGAUUGGAACAAUCAAUUACAUUGGCAUUGUACGAAAUUGAUGCCAAUUUUGCGAAAUGUAAUCGAACAGUGUCGACUCGAAUUCUUCCAAUCGUCGAGAACUAUACAAAAAGUUGCAGUAAUAUCUGGGAGUCAUCUAAGUUUUGGAAGCAGUUCUUUGAAGCGAGCGCAAGUGUCUCUCUCUCUGGAGUCGAAGAACCAGUUCAAGGAGCAGAGAAACCAAAAGAAGACUUUGUUCCGUCUGAUUUGAAAUAUACGAGCAGUACCGAUCCCAAAAUCGAGGAAAAUGAGGAUUCUACAGAAACAUUCUAUCAAAACAUCCCUUCUUCUUUUGGACACGAAGCUUUUGAACCAAAAGAAGUAAAGGACGAACAACUUACACAAUCUACUCCCAAGAAAGAUACAACAUUUGAAAAUCUUUCUUUGGAAAAUGCAUCUUUAACGCCGAUACCUGCACGUUUGCAAACACCAGCUCGAAAGAUCGAUGCUGCCAAUGCUCAACAUACUGGACGUAGUGCUUUGUUGCAUAGGGUGCUGGACACAAACUGGCACGUCCAAGUAACUCCUCACGAAAGGAAGAAAUAUGAAGACAUGGACAUUGAUUCUUCUCCUUUAAUGUCUCCUUCUCCAAUUGCCAUGAAAAUGGAAACGAUUUCAGCACCUGGAGAAAGAACAUCGAAGUCUGCUUUGUCUAUGUUUUCAGAAUUCGAACAUGAAAGCAACGAUAGCCUUAUGCCAAAUGGAAUGUCGCCUCCAAAAACCAUUCAGUUUAGUCCUCAUUCGUUAGGUGACUCAUUCCAUCCCACCGAUGGUGAGCGAAGUCUUUCUUUACAAAGGAAAUUUGAUGCCUUGAACGAUUCCAAUGAGAAUAUGAUAAAAGAGGAAAGUUGGGAACUUUAG